AUGAAGUCGCUCAACUCGUUCGCCAGCUCCGUCAACCGAGGAGCACCCAGCGACGAGCCGAGAACAGGCGAGCCGUAUGGCCACGACGGAAGCCAGACUAGGCGCCGCGCCGCCGACCAGGCCGACGCGCACUCUGCUAGAUCCCACCCUCGCAGCUCCAACUCAGGUCCCGGGCCGUCCUCUUACAUGUCGGAAAGGGCGGGUUUCCAGAAGGGCAGUAGGAUCCCCGAUGAAACCUUCAAGGACCUUAAGGCGGAUGUCGUCGUCGCCAGCCUGUACCAAGCCCAGCAGAAGAGGCUCUAUGUGUCGCCCUGGAACGUCGGCCAGGGAGUGGUGCUCAAGAAGUGCAAGAAUCACUUUGUGUGCCAGCCUCCAGACCUUUCCAUGAUUCCCGACGGGGUGUAUGACAUGGUAUCGCAGUUGAACGUCAGCGUUGCUAUGACGGUGAGCACCCCUUGGGUGCAGUCUAUAAUAUCCACCAUUCGAUCCAGGGACCUGCACGUAAACUCCAUUCCUAUGAAGGACAACUUGAGCCUUCAAGUGCUUCAGAACCUGUCAGAUCUCCCUCGGUGCCAAAAGCACCACUUUGCCGCCUUCAUAAUAGACGCCGGCGUGCUCGUGGUGUGGGACGACGACCCCAACAACAUCAUACAACGAAUCGCCAAGCUUGAGGCCGACAUUGUUUCCCUUGUGUGGACGGCGGAGGAGGAUGACGACGACGACGAAUCGUCCAAGGAAGUGAUUAGGUACCAUGGAGACAUGGAGGAGGGCGAAAUCUUGGAGGUUAGGCCGAUCCGGCUCACCAAAUCCAUCAUGGUCGCGCUCUCUCUCACGUUGACCGUCGUGUGUCUGGGUUUGGGUUGGAGGGCGCUGGCGCUCCAAAUCAUGUUGGACGGGUAUUACCUGCGAUUGUUGCUCCUCAUCGUAUCCCCGAUGCAACUCUUUGUCAGUUUGUUCUUCUUCCAAACCGUCAUCGGUAACCUAUUCCAAAUCCUCGGGCCCAUCUCCGCGGUGAACGGAAACUCCCGCCACUACUCCGGCAAGGCGCCCCGCGGCUUACCCGCGACGAUUUCCUACCCCACGGGCACCGCAAAUAUCUUUGUCAAUGACGACGGCAUGCAGUGCAUAGACCCGGCCUUGGCCGAGGCGAGGCGCGACUUUUACGAGGAGCAUAGCAUCGGCUGGGUCUCGCGGCCCCCUCACAACCCAAAUCCCAAGGACGACAAGGCGAGGCAAUUCGUGCGCAAGGGCAAGUUCAAGAAAGCCUCCAACAUGAACUACUGCCUCUCGACAAGCAACAAGAUCGAGGAUAAGCUCCGCCGGAUCGAGCGCCCCGACGGGUGGACCCAGCAGGAGGAGGAGGCUGCCUAUGAGGAGUGCCUGGAAGAGGUCAUCCGAGAGUCAGACGGCGAGACCUGGGCCGGCGGGAACAUUCGCAUGGGUGAUUACAUUCUGCUUGUAGACUCGGACACUCGCGUACCCAGAGAUUGUCUCCUAGACGCCGUGAGCGAGAUGGAACAGUCGCCAGAGGUCGCCAUCAUCCAGCACACCUCGGGCGUGAUGACGGUCACGGACUCUUUCUUUGAGCAAGCUGUCACCUGGUUCACCAAUCUCAUUUACACGAGCAUCAAAUUUUGCGUGGCCAACGGCGACAUCUGCCCCUUUGUCGGCCACAACGCCAUCCUCAGCUGGCGCGCCAUUCAGGAUGCAGCAUCCUACGUCGACCCAGACGAUGGCCGGGAAAAGUACUGGUCCGAAUCCCACGUGUCGGAGGAUUUCGACAUGGCCCUUCGCCUCCAAUCAGCCGGCUACAUUCUCCGUUUCGCGGCCUACUCCAACGACGAGUUCGAAGAGGGCGUCUCCUUGACGGUAUAUGACGAGCUCGCGCGCUGGGAAAAGUACGCGUUUGGCUGCAACGAGCUGCUCUUCCACCCUCUUCGCUUCUGGUUCGUCCGCGGCCCGUUCGCACCUGUGUUCAAGCAGUUCAUCUCUUCCAAGAUCCACUUCUACCACAAGAUCACUAUCCUGGCGUAUAUCGGCACGUAUUAUGCCAUCGGGGCCAGCUGGCUGCUGACUCUGAUGAACUACUUCCUCACCGGUUGGUAUUUUGGCUUGUACGACAAGUACUACAUUGACUCGUUCGCCAUAUACCUGUCUAUCAUUGUCGUUUUCCCGCUCGCAGGCAACUUUGCGUUAUCGAUUCUGAGAUACCGGCUCGGGGAGCAGAAUCUCUUGGCAGCACUGUGGACAAACUUCAAAUGGAUGCCUCUCUUCAGCAUCUUCCUGGGCGGGAUCUCGCUUCACGUGUCAAAGGCGCUCCUGUCCCACUUUUUCGAAAUCGACAUUCAAUGGGGCGCCACGGCCAAGGAGGUAGAGAGAGUGAACUUCCUCACCGAGGUUCCGAAGAUCUUACGGACGUUUGCGGGCACAUUCAUCUUCUGCAUCGCCUGCACGGCGCUCAUCGUGUGCGGAUAUUACGCCUUCCCAUACCAGUGGCAAAUCCGCUACUUCGCGUCCAUAUACCCGCUCGCCACGGUAACGGUGUCGCAUUUCUGCGUGCCAGUGUUGUUAAAUCCGGCCUUGAUGAAGUUUACCUUUUAA